CAGCAAUCUAUCAUACGGCGCGAUAUGAUUAGAUCACCAGUAGAUCCGACCCCCCCACCGAGCUGCAUAGACCAACUAAGAUUCUCACAGGCACUUACAUCCUCGCCACCUAUCACAACCGGGAUUAAGGGUUACAAAGCAAUCCUGCCACCGAUCCUUGGAUUUCAAUUUGAUACGAUAUUUUUAUCUCCGCUGUUGCCCCCCCCCCCCGAAUCGGUUGAGAAGGGUUUAGUUUAUCCCCAGGUACCGUAUCGCUAGCUAAAGGCAGCUUUAGCUUCAAAAGGAGGAUGGGUGGUGAUUACUCUAUUAUGUCGUAGUGGCUUUUGGACAGGGAUAUCUAUGGACGGGGGGAUUGGAACAUCAUCCAUGGGAUAUUAUAUGGCGGGGUUGGAAGUGUUCACAUAUCAAUCGGUGGAGGAGAUUCGCGUUGGAUGGGAUUGGGUGAUUGUUGAGAUGUUGGAGGUGGGGGGGGAGUGUAGCCGAGUAGAGGAUGUGGUGGAGGCGGUUCUGGCCAUCUGGAAACAAAAUUCGACACUAGGAUUGGGACAGCGUGGAUGGUGUGAUAUCAUACUCUGA